AUGACUAACGAACAAGAAAAAGACCGCAAAUUUCGGGAAAAUGCUAAAAAGAUAUACGACGCCACAAAAGGUGUAGUAUUAAAAGCAAGCGAAAAGGCCUUAGAAGGAGCCACAGCAUUUUUAGAGCAUCCCAUAGAUACUACCGAAAAAAUUUAUCACGGCCUAAAAUCAGCCGGUAAAAAAGCCCUCAAUUUUGGGGUUGAUACAGCCACUAAUCUGCUGACUGACCCCCAAAAAGCCCUCAACACUGGUUUAGGAUUAAUGGAAAAAGGAUUAAAUGCCAUUCCCGUAGUAGGAGGUUUUUUUUCUUUUUUAACCGGGACGGCCAAAGAUGCUCUAACGGAUAAAAAAUUUGAAAAUUUAGCCAAAGAAAUCAGUGGAUUAAAAGAAGGUUUGAAUAGUUUAGCCGAUUCGGUUGGAGAAGCCUUGGACGGCUUGCGAGGUGAAAUGACCGAAGCCUUGGAAGCCAUGGGAGCCCGCCAAGACCAAUUAGAACAAUUCACCAAAGCUUUCAAAGACGAACAAGAAAAACUUAACCAAAAAUUCCAACAACAAAUUGACGAAAUUAAUGAAACUCUUAAAGAACACGAGAAAAAAAUCCGCGACAAUGCCGAAAAAAUUUUCAAAGAACAAAUUAAAUUGGAAGACGUUCGCUCAGAAUUUAAAGACCAAAUUCGCGUCACCAAUACUAAUUUAGAUAAUUUACGCAAAGAGCAGGAGGAAACCAAACACGAUUUUGAAAAAUACAAGCACCAAAUUAACGAAAAAACGGCUAAAACUGAACAAUCUUUUGAAGACUUGCAGGCCGAUUAUACUCGCCGCAAUAGAAUUAUCGAAACUCAAAUUAAGGAUAACGAAGAGCAAUUGGGGGAAUUUCAAGAAAAUUUGGCAAAUGUGGAAUUUCAGCAGAAGAAACUUAAUUUAGAACACCAGGAAUUUGCUGAAAGUCUGGAAGAACAAAUAAAUCUAUCUUACGAGCAAAGAAAACGAUUAGAUUUAGUGGUUAAUGAAAUUGAAGAUAUUCAAGAAGAAUUUCAUCAGAAAAUAAAUCGCUUACAACAAACUCAAUUAGACCAAGACGAAAAAAUUGAUGAGGCCGUAUUUGCCGCCAAAAGAGCCACCCGCAAA